GCUGUCGGCCUCGUAAACUCUAUAUUUUAUUUUCUAGCUAUCUUGCGACGUAUGUAUAUCUCUUCUGCUCUCCCGUUGACUUGACUACAUCCAACAUUGUUAUAUCAUCAUCUUUAUCACAUUGCGACUCACUCGCCACGCUCCUUGCUCAAUCCAAACACUGCUGCUUCCCAGCCGACCCGAUCACCUCCAUCUAUUCCUACUCGCACGACGCGAUCUUCUGCACCCAUCGCAACACCGCAGUCCUCACAAUGCGCGCCUCUACCUUCGUCCUGGCAUUGCCAGCUGUGGCUGCUGCACAGCAAUUUGCCAUUCUUGACCAAGUCAAGGGAUUCUUCAACAAAGCCACCGAGUCGCUCUCUUCAGCUGUCGCCUCGGCUACCCAGGCCAUUAACAUUCCCAACCCUGCCACAGCUGCUGCCGCCAAGGUCGCUGGAUUGAGUGUGCGCAAGCUCACGCUUGAGAACCACCAGGAGCUUCUCCGACCAGGUGCUGCGACGUCCAGCCCGGGAUUGGAGGCCUGGUUCAUCUACAUCACUGGAGGUAACAAGACCUGCUACGGACUCUGCGAAAAUGCCGAAAUCGCAUGGAACACCUCUGUUCCGCUCAUCAGCGCCUCGCCGAAUGCGCCUUACCUGGCGCUCCUCAACUGCGAGACCGAUCCCGUUCUUUGCUACUCUUGGGAUGUCAUGCCUCCGCGCUUGUUGCACGUGCAAGUCCCUCAGCCUCUCGCCGAUCAGUCUCGUGCCGGCACCAUCAUCCGCUCGAUUCCCGUCAACCGCACCACCGUUACCGCUCCUCAGAUCGCCUCCUACAUUCUCGAAGAGAAGUAUCUUCAGGUAGCGCCAUACGCGGGCAUUUUCCACCCCUUCGAUGGCCCACUCGCCAAGGCCAACCUGGUCGUUCCAUUCGGAUACGUCAAGUGGGGAUUUGCGCAAGUUCCUUCGUGGUUGUUCAUGGUUGUGGUGUCCUUUGCCAGCCGAAACUUCAUGAGCCGAAGACUGCCGCAAGGAGGUGCUCCUGCUGCUCCUGCUGGUGCUGCAGGUGCCCGCCCUGCUGCACAGCGAUAAAUAUUUGAAUUCAGCAGCAAAUGACCACGAUGACCAUGGUCCGCGAAUGGAUCUAGAAAAGCAAUAAACUAAUUCCCACGAACUCGCUGUCAAAUCCGACAUCCAUUAUCUGCAUGCGUGAAAUUUAUUACUGUGAAAAGUCGCCGAGAUUUGAUCGAUCGUUGUGCUCUCCGCGGCACCGAAUUGCGGCUUUGUUGCAGGGCCAUCUGAGCCUGCUCAACGUAUGAGCUGGUCUCGUGCAUGAUAAUCACACCACUAUUGCUUUGCAACCAAUCUCACAACUCGGUAGAGCUGUCAUCGGGCAUCGCAUCACACAGGGAGGUCUCAGCGACCAUUCAGAAGGUAAUCAAGCUCAGAAGAUCGAUCUUUUCCU